AUGCGCCUAUCGCUGGCGCGAGCUUUAAAAACAGGCGGUCCUCACUUCUCACGCGUCUCUCUUCAGCUCCCUUCACAUGUUUCAUCGCAAUUCUCUUGGACAAACACUUCACAUCCGCAAUCCGGUAGAUUUCUGAGCUCCGAUAUCAGGAAAGCCGAGAUCAAAAGCUUAGUUCACGCGUCCGUGAACACCUCGCCCACCAGACCCGCCGCCAUCAUGUCUCACACGCCCACCAUCGUCAAGAUCCCAGGGGGUAGCGUUGAGGGUGAGCCCGUCCAUAUUGACGAUGUCCAAUCUCAGUUGAAGGAUAUCCCACGAGAUACUCGAUACCUGCGUAUUGAGGAAGACGCCCCAUCCGCUGAUGAUUGGGCGCUCCUCAGUUCACACUUUACCAGUGUAGAGAAUCUGGAGCUUGAAAGCGGAUACGAUGAAGACUUAAGGGACCAAAUACCUUUACAUUGGCCUCUCCAGCGACUUGAGUUGAGAUCUGCCACAGCGGAAGUGAUCACGACUCCAUUCAUCCAAGAAGGCCGGGUCCCACAUCUCAGCUUGCUUUUGACCUGUGGUCUCCGAUUUGAGGGACCAACGAAUGAUGAGCUAUGGAGGCAGCUUGAUGAGGCGAUCAAGCGCGGCGACAAGAAAGCGGACUACAUUACGGUUGCUGAAGGAACGCCCGAGGAACGCAAGAUCCAAGUGACCUCCCUCCCAACUUUAGUCUGCGACUGGAUGAACGAGCAUACUUGUGUCUCUGAUGCCCAGGAACGCCUCAAGAAUAAUUCGUCCUCUACUCCCAUCAAUAUGAAGACAUUGGAGAUUUUUGAGAACGAUGCCAUGGACGCGUUCUCUCGCAUGGCGUUGGCCCUUCCGCAUGUUGUGUCAAACCUCCAGACCCUGAGGAUCCGAUCGACCAGUGGAUUAGAUUUUCACUAUUUGACAGAAGAGGCAUUUCGUUACACCUUGCCUACUCUAGAAAACCUGAAGACUUUCAACUUCACGGUAGGAGAAGUCUUUGAUGAUCCCACCUACUUGCCCACAUUCUACAAGUUCUUCCCCUCCAAUUUGACAGCCUUGUACAUCCGUGGCCCUACCUCUUUAUGCCAGUCAGAGCAGUGGUCAGAGUGGUUGAAGGCAUUCGAGUCCGAAAAUUAUCUCCCAAAGCUUCGAAAAUUGGCAUUCGUUCUAGAUCUACACUAUGAGGAUGUGCCCGCGUCAUCGGGCAGACGCAAUAGCAUUGAGCCAACCAUUGAAGCUUUGGAACAAGCACGCAAGGAAUGUCAGCGUCUCUGCAACAUUGCUAAAAGGCGCGGAAUUGAUAUUAUGGACAUACCUGUUGAGCAUGUCAAUGCGGGCAACCUGUUCAAGCCAGUGGAUCCCCGAUGGUAA